AUGGCUCUGGACAUUGAAGUAUUAAAGCGUUCAAGAUUAAUUCAUUUAUGCCUGGCAAUUACCUUUUUUACUUCGGGAGUUAUUGUGAAUGUAGUGCAAUGCAUAUUUUAUUUAACAAUUAGACCAUUCAAUAAAUGGUUAUAUAGGAAAAUAAAUUGGUAUUUGUGUUAUACAAUUUAUGCACAAUUGGUCAGCCUGGGUGACUGGUGGUCAAACACAAUAGUAUACAUUUAUAUAGAUAGAGAAAUAUUUGAUAAACACUUUGGAAAAGAGCAUGCUUAUUGCAUUAUGAAUCACACAUAUGAAAUAGACUGGCUUGUAGGAUGGAUGAUAGCAGAAAGAGUCCAGCUUUUAGGAAACUGCAAAGCCUAUGCUAAAAAAGCUAUACAAUAUUUACCUGUGUUGGGAUGGGCUUGGAAAUGCUCAGAAUUCGUAUUUUUAGAAAGGAACUUUGACAAAGAUAAGGAAGUCAUAAAUAGGCAGAUUACAGAGUUAUCAGAACAUCCUGAUCCUAUGUGGUUACUGCUCUUCCCAGAAGGCACCCGUUUUACUCCCAAAAAACACGAAGCAUCAAUCGAGUUCGCCAACAAACACAAUAUACCUCCACUAAAAUACCAUCUACUGCCGAGAACCAAAGGCUUCAUAGCCAGCCUGCCGUCCAUGAGAGGCAAAGUUCCGGCCAUCUAUAACAUAGAACUAGCUUUUCACGAGGAUGCUCCCGUCAAACCGACCAUCACUAACUUGUUAUUUGGACGACAAACAGAGGCGCAUAUCUAUUUCGAUAGAGUACCAUUCGAGCAAGUGCCAAAUACGCCCAGCGAACAAGAGGAAUUUCUGAAAGAAAUGUUCGUCAAAAAGGAUAAAUUGAGGGAAAGCUUUCUUAAGACUGGCGAUUUCUUUGCCACGUCUGGCGUCGAGCGAGUGGAACCGUUUCAAGUACCAUCUCGCCAGCACUCUAUAUUUAACCUUAUUUUCUGGCAAUCAGUGACGCUGCUGCCGAUUUCGUAUUAUUUGAUCAAGUUGCUCUUUAGCGGCGAGCUGCUGUAUUUCUCCAUUGGUGCUGGCAUCAUAGCGGCAUUCUACAUCUUGCUAAAUAAGUCAAUUGGUAUGUCUGAAAUUAACAAAGGAUCCUCGUAUGGAACAGGAACAACUCCGAAGAAGACUCUCUAA